AUGAACCAACAAAAUCAAAGAUCAGGCACUCCACUAAAUGUUCCAGUGAAACGAAAACGUGGCCGACCACGAAAAGAUUUCAGUGCAGUUCAAGGGGAGAAUGUACCACGCAGAGAUUUCAGUGCAGUUCAAGGGGAGAAUGUGCCACGAAGAGAUUUCAGUGCAGUUCAAGGGGAGAAUGUGCCACGAAGAGAUUUCAGUGCAGUUCAAGGGGAGAAUGUACCACGCAGAGAUUUCAGUGCAGUUCAAGGGGAGAAUGUACCACGCAGAGAUUUCAGUGCAGUUCAAGGGGAGAAUGUACCUGUAAUUCCUGGUUCUUACAACGUGUUGAACUUCGGCCAAACAGCAGGUACAACUGAUGAUAGUCGUGACGAAAUGGUGGGGAAGUCAGUCACUGGUUUCAUUGAAGGCACUUUUAAUGCUGGAUAUCUUCUUAAUGUUAAGGUAGAAAACACUGAUGCUGUUUUAAGAGGCCUUGUGUUUGAACCAGGCCAAGUUUCUCCAGUUACUGUAGAAAAUGAUGUGGCUCCACAUAUCAAAAUGAUCAAAAGGAAAGAGAUGGCUAUUCCAGUUCUUAACCCACAGCCAGAGAUACAUGGUUCUGUUUCCCCGUCAGUACAAUGCAACAAGCAACCUUUUGAACCAAAAUUACAGGUACUCGUGUCGGAAGAGCGAGUGCCACCAACUGAGAUCCCUUCUAGUAUCUCAGAAGUACCUGGGAGUCAAUCUGCCUCUACUUUGAUACCCACUUCCAUUUCCAUUUCCAGUGGAGGAAUUCCACAGUGGACAUCCGAGCCUGGACAUGUGAAUCGGUCUACCUCUAUCAUGCCAGAGUUGGAUCGUGACAAAAUGAUUAAACAAGGUGAAACAUUACCUCAACUUGAUGCCUCCACGCAGGUAAAAGCAUCUAAUGCUGAUGGUAGAGAAACAAAAGACUCAGAAGCAGCAUCUGAUUUCAUUAACCUAGUUCCAUCAAUUGGCAACACCAAUACGGAGCUCAGAACUGGACAGCAGGUUGUCCCUAGUGUGCAUCAGCUGAAUCGAGGUGCAUCAAAUAUAUCAAAUAUUGAAUUCAACCUGAUCCCUCUAUCUACUGAACCUAAAGCCUUGCCGUCUGCACACACUAGUGAAACUGUUAACUACUUUGAGGAGAAGCGGGAGUCGCCAAAAACUGAUGUGCCAGAAGAUACAAAGAAAAAGCUUGAAAAUGAGACUUUAAGCAAUGUUGGCACCUCAAACUCAACUGGAAGACCAAGUACUGAUGUUAAUAUUCCUGUUGUGGGUUCAAACCAAGCACUUGAGGCCAGCCAACCUGAAUCCAUGCCAUCUGAACAGACUGGUAGGACAUGA